AGCGCCGUGGGAGACUGGAGGUGUGAUAGUGAGCGCGGGACAAACGGGAAGCUGCAACCUCUCAAAGAUUAUCACUUGGACUCGGAACCCACAAAAGCGACGCGGCAAACUGUGAUGCAAUGUUUGGGUUCCCCGCGCUUAUUGACUUUAAAUUCAUCGAAGAUGCUUUACGGCGGAGACUAAGAUGGCACAGUUACCUGUUUGGAGAGAAGAUGGACCCUUUCUAUCCCUGACAAGCCCCUGAGAAUGGCCCUGGCCCCUGUGUACCAGUUCCAGGAGCUCCCUGAAGGUCUGGAGCUGGUGGCACCCUUUGGAAGAUUCAGGGUUCAUAGUGGAAUAGCUGUGGGCAGGUGUUGUGAGGUUUAUGAGGGGGAGGACUGUCUUCAGGGAGAGUGUGUGGCUGUGAAGGUGUUCCGGCGGCACCAGCAGUACCAGGGGGCGCUGCAGAGGGAGCUGUUCUUCCUCAAGUCCUUGGCGGCAACAGGAGCACCCCUAGUGCGGCACAUUGGAGAGCUGCAGUGGAGGGGCCGAGACAUCCUGGUGCAGGAGCUCCUUGGUCCCACACUGAGGGAUGUCCUGCUGAGCUACGACCACCAGCCCUGCUCACCCUGGCUCGUCACCACCCUCACCACACACCUGCUCAGGGGGCUGCAGCAUCUUCAUGACAAGGGAGUGGUGCAUGGGGACCUCAAGCCCCCAAAUAUUCUGUGGGAUGCAGACCUGGCAACCUUCAAGCUCAUAGACUUUGGUGUGAGCUUCACUACAUCGGAGGAGCUCACCCAUGCUGUGCAGAGCAAAGGGUAUCAGGCCCCAGAGUGUGUUGUGUGGAGCAAGGCUGUAGCGGAGGACAACUUGGAGUCAGCAGAGAAGCCAGGAACGGCAGCAGACGUGUGGAGCGCUGGCUGUAUUGUGGCAGAGUGCAUGAUCAAUAGACAGCUGUUCCCAGCGGGCUCCCAGUGUGAGGACGUGCCUGGGGACUUGCACUCCGCCAUCACCUCUGUUAAAACCAAUUUCCCUCCAAAGUACCUUGAGGAGUGCUACAAAUUCCUCUUAAGAUGCAUUCAGUUGUGCCCAGAGGACCGGAAAGGAGUCAGGCAGCUGCUGGAGGACCCCUGGCUGCAGCGGUGCCCUCGUCCUUCCUUCCAUGACCUCCUUCACCUCCCCACCUGUGUGGUGCGCUUCAUGGCACUGACGGACCCCCACCCGUAUCCACCACUGGCUUAUGAGAUGGAGAACAUGGUGGUGAGCCUGUGUGGCAGACAGGGGGCGGUGCAGGGCCACCACCUGGAGCCAUCGCUGGGUCACCUGUACGUCUGCUUCCACAGCGCCCGCAAGGCAGAGGCCGCCCUGGACCAGCUGUCUGGUGUGCCCUUCAUGGGACACACACUGGUGGCCACUUUUUACCCUCCAGAGUAUUGGAUGAGGAGAGAAUUCUUCUGAUGCUGAGGUGUGUGUGUGUGCGUGUGUGUGUAUGUGUUGGUGGAGCACAUAAGUGUUUGAGCAAUUGAGCUUUCCUUACUUUUCAGCAUUUGUAGAGUACAAAAUUGUUUUUUUAUUAGUGUGUGUGUGUGUGUGUGUGUGUGUGUGUGUGUGUGUGUGUGUGUGUGUGUGUGUGUGUGUGUGUGUGUGUAUGUUUGUUUUGUUUGUUUGUUUGUUUGUUUGUUUGUGUCUUCACUGCACGAAUUCAUGUUGGUUUAUCAUACUAGUCAUACAUGACAACUAGAUUUUAUAGGAAAAGCAGUCUUAAAGUAGCCAUGCUAUAGAAGACAACCAUCUCUAGUAGUACAUGUGCAAGACAAACCAGUAUUCAGAGGAAGCUUGCACAAUGGGGAGUUUUUGGAACUAAUUCGCCAGAUGUCAUUACUACUGCAUGUCCCUUAGUGACAUGAGCUAAAAUAUUGUUAUUACAAAUUCCAUGUGCAUACAGAUGCAUUCACUAUUGAUCAUUAUGAUACUUUCAAAAUUCUGCAUCAUUUAAAUAUCUUGUAUGGAUAAUUUUGAGAGAAGUUAGUCAAAAAAAUAAAUUUUUCAUGAUUAUUUAGUAAUACUGCUAUCAGUAUUUUAAAUACACGAUAUUACAAGUCUAAAAUAUAAUGAUUUGGACAAUGAUAAAAUAAAAAAAUAAGAGCACUAUAUAGUAUGACAUAACAUACUCAAUAACAUCGUGAUAUAUAGAUAUAGUUAUUUUUGUGGGAAUUUUAGCAUCUCUUUCAUGAAGCAAGCAACAUGGCAAAGUAAUUGAAAACCAAAACAAACAUCUCUCAGGACUGCUCUGACAUAACAGGAGAGGAAUAAAGGAAGCCACAGGUUCAUGGAGUGGCAUGGACACUGCAGCAGUAAUUAACUUGUUAUCCACCUACGUGUUUGUUAACUUCAACUUAGGUGGGCCAGUCAGAUGUUUGUUUUGGUUAGAUAUACAGCAUUAAUGUUUGUUUUGGUUAGAUAUACAGCAUUACUCUCACCAGGAAACUCAGAUUGCCUAUUUCCAGUUAAAAUUGUUAUUCCAUAUACUAGGAAGUUGAUCUGUGUAAUUUGGAGUUUUAAGUGGCACAGACAUGUUGCCUUCAUUUGUACUGUUAUCUACCUUAAUAUGCUUUCUAUUAAUGGUGUACUUUUUUUUGGAAAUCUCCAAGAUGAUCAAAUAAAUCUUAAUGCCAUAUUUACUAGAAAAUCAACUGAAAUAGUUUUGUUCUUGAAUAUAGUUCGAUUUUACUUGUGUUACUACUCAGAAGAAAUUGUGUAGAAAAUUAUAAUACAAGCUCAUUGCAUCUUUAUGUAUAUAGAAUGACACUUUAGACAUAUUUGAUAUUGCUCUUAUGCGUGAGAAGGGGGCAUAUCUGGUGCUGCCGCCAGGUGACAAUCACUAGUUUACCAAACUCCCCAUUGUGGAGGGAAGACCAACCUGACAGUGGGUGAACCAAACCCUGCACAGCUCUUCAAGUGUGGUUCUCAGAUUGUUUGGUACUUUGAUGAUAUAUUAAGUACAAUGCUGUAAUGUACCCAUCAGGCAUCAUUCAGAGCUGACUACCAAGGCAUCAGUACAGUAAUCCAUCCAAUGUCUGUCCUAAUUUGUACACGGCAAGUUGGGAUGUUGUGUCUGGCUGGAUAUUUUGGUCAUGUCUGAUUAACCCAUUCACUGCUGUCUGGUACAUCUUUCCUUAAUUACUAAUGAGUGCAGGACAUUUCUUCUUAUUCUACAGGCAUUCCCAAACAUUAUAUUGGAUAGAAACUGCAAAAUCUGUUCUUUUCGUCCCUUUCUUUCUUGUAGAUGCAUGUAAAGAUUUCAUGCAUUACUUUCAGUGCAUUGAAUUGUUACAUAUCACAGUGAAAGGGUUGAUUCUCAUCAUUUAUUAGACAACAGUAUGGAAAACAUCAAGACACAGCUACACCUGAAUACUGAUGAGUCUGGGUAGUGGAAGGGUUACUGUACAUGUUUAAUCAGACUGCAAAAUGAGAUUGAAGUUACAGUACUUGACUUAAUGCUCAUCUCUUGGUUCUGGAUUUGCACUUUAUUCAGAAUAUGUGGGUAGGUAUUUACCAAGCUUCAGGAGGUGUCUUAUAAGCCAUCAUAAUUAGUAUGUAAUUGUCUGUUUGUCCAAAGUUUUAUGGAGUACAAAUUAUAUUAAAUAUUUUAUAGUAAA